AUGUCGGGCAGAGACAACAGAGAACGCGAUAGACGCGCAGCACCGUCAUCAGCUUCGGCUCGUACGAAUGAGUAUUUCGUUCCCAAAGAUGGCAUCGACAGAGAGGUCAUCACGGCCGACAUCUGCCGUUAUCUAGGGAACGAUGCUCUCGUACGGCCGGGCACCUACGAGAACCCGGCUACUCGACAGGUCCAGACGGGCUACUUUAUCACCGCUUACCGGAACCUCACGACCGCUAUGAUCGCAGAUCUGAAAGCAGAUUCUGACAGAUGGGAAGCCGAGCGGAGAGCUACCGCUUCAAGAGGCCAACCUUCAAAUGUGGGGUACCGUGAUUCCACCACACAUCAGUCCAGGCAAUACUAUGGUCCCACGGAGCAAGUGCCAGGAGCAAAUCCAGGGUAUUCUUCUGCUCCAACACCAGCAGUACAGGGAGUAUAUGACAGUGGUCCCCAGUAUCAACAGCAGUCCUAUGGCCAGCCGGCUGGUGGAGGAUAUGCCCAGCCUGUAUAUGCCGUUCCGGAUAAUAAUUAUUACGCUGGAGCAGAUUUGGUAGCUGACCAGCGUUCGCGUGUGCCUGUUGGUCCGUCUGGAGCCAAUGUCCCACGGAGCAAUCAAUAUGCCCCAAGUCCAUCAUAUCAGCAACAGCCUGAUCCCAGGAGUAAUUAUUAUUCUAGCCAACCUGGGCCAGCAGCCGCUCAAGCCCAGCAGCAAUACGCCACACAGCCGAACGAUCCCUACUAUGGUCGUGGGCAGGUCCUUCCCGUUUCAGGCCCCUCGUAUGAUCCUCAGGACUCGUAUGAUAGAGGCCAACAAUACGCGGACACAUACAACAGUCAACCUCCCUUGGCUUCGUCGUCCAAUAUCCAGGCCACUUCCAAUACGUCGUCCAGGCGUGAGCGUGAAAGGGCCCCAGAAGUCCGUGACAGACAUCAUCGUAGCGGUCGCCAUUAG